AGCGUGAAUGAGAAUAGAACAAAUGAAUUAUGUGCGUAGGUGUGUUUUGUUCUUGUGCCGUUUUUGCAUUUGCCUUAUAUUUUUGCAUUCGUAUUAAUCAUUGUAACUCUUUUGAGCAUCAGUAAGCAGACGAUUUUGACUGUUAAUGUACCGUUACCGCAGUAGCGUCAAUGAAAUGUAUUUGCUUACUGUACACAAUGUGUACUACCCAGUAAUUGGCGUCAUUACAAAGUGGUCGUUGAAGAAAGUACUAGUUGUAAAAAUGAGUGAAAAUUCGAUUAAAAAGUAUUUUAAAAGUAGUGUUUUAAAACGCGUAAGUGAUUCUCCCGUUAUAAUUAAUGAAGAAAACGCUGCACCUAAGGUCACCCGAGUGGCAGUAAGUGUUUACUUUUAUUUUCAAUAAAAAAAAUAUUUCGUUUACCUAUGUACAAAUAUCACGUUAAUUUUAGGAGUUUGCAAAUGAUAUCGUUAAUUUUUGCAAAAAAAUUGACGAAAAGCACACAUAUGAGCUUUUAACGAAUGAGUGGCAGCCUGAUUUAUCAUUUAUUUUUCCGUCGUCUGGUGAUCGAAACUUAAAAUUUCAGUUGUCGUGGCUGAAGUCUUUUCCAUGGCUAGUAUAUUCGCCUAGCCAAGUGGGGCCUACUGUCUAUAUUGCGUUGCUUUUGUUUGGAAAAACGUUGGAAAUGGUAGUCACCAAAAGGCAAAUGCUUUUGUUCAAACUGCUUUUAAAACUUGGAAGAAGGCACUUGAGAAAUGCAAAGAACAUCAGCAGAAGGAUUAUCACCGCAGAGCAGUGGAAGACGCAGCCAAUUUCAAGCUGAUUUUUGAAAAUAAAAGAAACAAUAUAUUAACAGAAAUUGAUCAUGGCCGCAAAAAGCAACAGCUUGAAAAUGGAGCAAAAUUACAUCCUAUAAUCCGUGUUUUGCUUGUCUGCGGGAGGCAAGGGCUUGCGUUAAAAGGCCAUCGUGACGAAGGAAAUCUUUCUUUAGAAAUGCCUGCUGAAAACGACGGGAACUUCAGGGCUCUUUUGCGUUUAGCAAUAGAUAGUGGAGACGAAAAUUUAAAAAAGCAUGUUGAAACUGCAGCACGUAAUGCACGAAUUAUUUCAGUUGGCGCAUCCAAAAUGAAAUUAUUGAAAUAGCAGGACAAAUAAUACAAAAACAAGUAAGGAAGGGCUAAGUUCGGGUGUCACCGAACAUUUUAUACUCUCGCAUGAUAAAGUGAUAAUCGAGAUUUCAUUAUCCGUCAUUUACAUAUUUUUUUAAACGUGAUACCUCAGCUCAAAUACCGUAUUUGUGUAAAGUUUUAUUCCGCUAUCAUCAUUGGUUCCUAAUGUAUAUAUUAUACAGAGAAGACAUCAGAUGGAAUUCAAAAUAACGUUAUAUUGGAAGAAGGCGUGGUUGUGAACCGAUUGCACCCAUAUUUCGUACAUAUCAUCAGGGUGCUAAGAAAAUAUUAUGUACCGAAUUUCAUUGAAAUCGGUCGAGUAGUUCCUGAGAUAUGGUUUUUGGUCCAUAAGUGGGCGACGCCACGCCCAUUUUAAAUUUUUAAAAAAAGCCUGGGUGCAACUUCCUUCUGCCAAUUCUUCCGUAAAAUUUUGUGUUUCUGACGUUUUUUGUUAGUCGGUUAACGCACUUUUAGUGAUUUUCAACAUAACCUUUGUAUGGGAGGUGGGCGUGGUUAUUAUCCGAUUUCUUCCAUUUUUGAACUGUAUAUGGAAAUGCUUAAAGAAAAUGAUUCUGUAGAGUUUGGUUGACAUAGCUAUAGUAGUUUCCGAGAUAUAUACAAAAAACUUAGUAGGGGGCGGGGCCACGCCCACUUUUCCAAAAAAAUUACGUCCAAAUAUGCAUCUCCCUAAUGCGAUCCUUUGUGCCAAAUUUCACUUUAAUAUCUUUAUUUAUGGCUUAGUUAUGACACUUUAUAGGUUUUCGGUUUCCGCCAUUUUGUGGGCGUGGCAGUGGGCCGAUUUUGCCCAUCUUCGAACUUAACCUUCUUAUGGAGCCAAGAAAUACGUGUACCAAGUUUCAUCACGAUAUCUCAAUUUUUACUCAAGUUACAGCUUGCACGGACGGACGGACAGACGGACGGACGGACGGACAGACGGACGGACGGACAGACAGACAUCCGGAUUUCAACUCUACUCGUCAUCCUGAUCACUUUGGUAUAUAUAACCCUAUAUCUGACUCUUUUAGUUUUAGGACUUACAAACAACCGUUAUGUGAACAAAACUAUAAUACUCUCUUUAGCAACUUUGUUGCGAGAGUAUAAAAAUUAUUAACCGUAUUAAUAAAUCUCAAUGUCAAUGCUUUGCAAUAAUUGCUGAUGAAACCACGGAUGUUAGUGGCAUUGAGCAAUUUUCAAUUUGUAUACGGUAUGUUGAUCGUUUUGAGAAUGAGGAAAAACUGAGAGAGGACUUUUUAUGUUUUGUUCCUGUUGAGGAUACAACUGGCAGCGGUCUUGCGAAUGUGCUAAUUGAUAAAUUAAAAGAACUUAAACUUAGUUUUGCACACAUAAGGGGUCAAAGUGAGUUUUCCACUCUUCUAUUUUUGGGACAAUUAAAAUUAUACUUUUUUUCUUUCUUAAGGUUAUGACGGAGCGCGGUCGAUGAGUGGAUAUGUCAAAGGUUGUGCUAGUGUCAUCCAAAAUUUAUAUCCAGCGGCUCUUUAUGUACACUGUGCUAAUCACAGCUUAAAUUUAGACAUCGCAACGACUUGCAAAAUACCUGCUAUAAGAAAUUGUAUUGGUUCCAUGAAAGAGACCGUAAAUCUUUUUCGGAUGUCAACUAAAGCAGGCACACUGCUCAAAAAUCUUAUUCUUGAAUCCUUUCCAAACUCAAAGCAAGUGAGGUUACUUAAAUUCUGCGAAACACGUUGGGUGGAGCAUUUAGAAUCUCUUUCUUUAUUUAACGAUUUAUUCCCAUUGAUCUGUACAGCUGUGUUGCUUAUGCAAAUAAUUUGUAUGCUGAAAUUAAUGAAAUGCGUAAGGAUUCUGAACAAUCGUUUAAACUAAUUUUUGAAUCAGUUAAAACAAUAGCCGCAGAAUUAGAUUUAGAAAUCAAAAUUCCGCGUUUGGUGAAACGGCAAACUAAUCGCGACAAUUAUGAAGGCGAACCGGAAGAAUAUUACCGCAGAUCAAUUUAUAUACCGUUUUUAGAUCAUUUUUUUGGACCAAAUCGAUGAACGAUUUUUAAAACAUCGAGAGCUGCUUUCCAAAAUUGAAAACAUUUUGCCAAAUAAAUGGAUAAAUCUUGACGUUAUUGAGAUGCAGGAGACUGUUCGUGUUACAGAAAAGCAAUGGUCCACCGAUGUAGAAGAUCCCGAUGAUUUCGUUGCUGAACUUAGAAUGUGGAAAAGGUUAAAAAUCUUUUCUUCAGAUUAUAUUUUCUAACUAAAAUUUUGAAUAUAUUUUCAGGAACUGGUUAAAUCAAACAAAGAGAUCCAAAACUUUUUUAGACGCGUUGAAUUGUUGCGAUGCAAAAAUUUUCAAAACAGUGCAUCGUUUCUUAAAGAUUGGAGCAACAAUCCCUAUAUCUGUCACUUCAAGUGAACGCUCGUUUUCCUCACUUCGCAAGCUUAAAACAUAUUUAAGAAAUAAAACUGGAGAAGCAAGCCUGAACGGAAUGGCUCUCUUGAAUAUCCAUAGAGAUAUAGACGUGACGGAGGAAGAGAUUUUAAAUGUUAUGGCCCAAAAUAAAAGAAGAUUAGACUUAAAUUUGUGAAUAAAAUAAUGAAACAUUGUCUUCAAGUGCCGCACGCACCUCCGUUGUCAUGGACAACAAAUGGCCGAAACUCCCGUUUUGUCAAAGAGUUAAUCUGUCGAAGAACUGACGCGACGACAAAGCGUCACAACAUUUUGUCGUUGGUAGAAAAUUCGGGCUGUGCCGAAAGAAACUAACAAACGAUCGCCGAUUGUCACCGCUUCCCUUGCUGCUCGAACAGCUUCGCCAACAAGCUAGCGUAUAUAAGUAUGUUUGUUUUUGUAUGAGCUUGCAUACAUAUCGACGCUGAUUUUUGCGAGCCACGGCAAAAUAUUUUUAGAUUUGACAAAUAGCGGGUGGGCCAUAUAACGUUUUAAAUUUGAAUUAUCUAUGUCAAAUACCAUUCGGAAAGUGACAGAUAUUCAGUAAAAAGCCCAAAAUUUACGAAAUGGGUCGCUAUUCACUAGAAGAAAACUGGAAAAUAUUUAAAAUUUUUUUCCAAAGUGGUAAGUCUUCAAACCAUUCAAUUUUACCGAAAAAUCAUUUUUUCGGACGAGGCUCAUUUCCACCUCGAUGGUUACGUUAACAAGCAGAAUUGUCGCAUUUGGGGCACAGAAAACCCGCACGUAAUCGUCGAGAAGCUAAUGCACCCAACACAAAUCACUGUAUGGUGCGGAUUUUGAUCUGGUGGAAUCAUUGGCCCAUUUUUCUUCGAAAAUGAAGAAGGAACCGUAACCAUCAAUGGUGAGCGAUAUUGCGCAAUGUUAACCAAAUUUUUCUUCAAGCAAAUUGAAGAGGAAGACUUGGACAACAUUUGGUUCCAGCAGGACGGCGCUAAGUGCCAUACAGCAAACGCUACACUUAAUCUUUUCCACUCUAUCUUCGAAAUUUCAAAUUUUAUAUGGCUCACCCUAUAUUAUAAAUCGACAACAGCUAUGUAUGUAAGUUGCCACUUCUUUCUUAGAACAAACACCAGAAAGUUGUACAAUUUAUGAUUUUUAGCUUUUGCCAUCGUCGCGAAAAGGCGCUGCUCGGGGAGAUGUUACGACGUCUGUUUUUAUGAAAGAAGCGAGAUCGCUUGUGGAAUGUGCGCCUGCGAUUAUGAAUGAAAUCGUUUUUGUUAUAAAAUUUACUACAUUUCGGCUUCGCCAAUUUGGCUGCCUACUGACUUGUGAUGCUUCUGCCAUUUGAGACAAUUGUAGUUUUUGUAGAACAAUGUUUCAAUUUUUUGUUGGUGACAUAUUCACAUGUGUACGUUUCUAUACUUGUGCAUUAUUUUUUCGGCAAUGUAUACAAAUAUUAUAAUAUACAUAUAUGUAUGUACAUUAGACCUGGCGCAGCUUAUAUGAGAUUUUUUUUUUUUGGAAUUUUGAGUACGGGGAUUGGUCAAAUAUGCGAUUCGAUGUAAUAAUUCAUGUGGUAAAUUUUUAACUCGAUCAGAGUGUGCCAACCUGUGCCAUAAUGAGGUCAAAGGUCAAAAUAUAGAAAAACACUUGGUUUUUUUACUGUUAUCUGUUUAUUUAUUAUAUAUAGAAUGUAAUGACCUCAUUUUUUCUCAAUAUUUUGCACAAUAAUUUUUUCUAUAUGUCCAAUGAUAAGAAAAUUUAUAAAUAUUAGAAAAGAGUAAAUUAGUAAAAAUUCCAUUGAACUGAGGCGGGCCACUGACUACACAAAUUAUCUGCACAAGACUGUUGUUGGAAUUGAGUGGAAUUGCGUUCACUGAGUUCACAACAACAACAAAUUACUCGAAUGUAAUGUAGUCAGUGGCCCGCCUAACGGUAAAUUCAUACAUUACCGUUCACAUACGCCAAUGUUGAUAAUUAGACAGACUGAGACGUGCAAAUAGAGCUUUUAAUAUUUUGUCAUUGCGAAAUUGACUGUGGUUAAGAAAGGGUCUUUAUUAAAAUAAUUAAAAAUAGUAAAAGUUAUACUGCAAUAUCGUGAUGGCUGUAAAUAAUUUUGUUACACUUAGAUCUGCUGACGCAAAUGUAUAUUUGAUAGGAAAAUGUGAAAAAAAUAUACUUGGAAGCAAGUUACCGUCAAAACUACAAGUGCUGAAAUGUUUUUUUUACUAUGUGCGGUGUGAAAAGAAAACAAUUAAGGAAAGUGCUAAAUUGGCUUCGAAGGAAAUAUUGCCUUUUUGGGAAAGAGCACGUAUUCCAACGUUAAACAAAAGAACUUGUGACGAUAAAUUAGUGAAAUUAUAUGAUGAGUUGAGAACAGUACAGAAAUUUUGUAAAUCUUCGUUUUCUAGUUCUCGUAAAAAGGAAAAUGAUUUCAAUGAUAAUUUAAACAAUUUAUUCGAUAUUGCACAUGCUGAUGCUUUAGAAAUGAUAGCUAUUCCUGAGGACCGAGACUUUUUAAUUAAACAAAGAGAGCCAGGUCGUGUUGGGAGCAUGAUUUCUAUAGAUCAAUGUCUCGCAAAUAAAGAAAAACGGAAGGCGCAAAGGUUAGAAGAAGAAAAUCGACGCAGAGCAAAGUAUCAAAGAUUGGAAAGCACUCAAGAGUUGAGUGUAGACUAUGAUGUAAGUGACGAAAGUAAAUGUGAGUCUGAAAAAUCUGUAGAACAGUUGAGGAUCGUAUCAAACACCAACGAGCUGAAAAAAAAACGUGGUAAAAAAAGCUUCAUAGAUGAUAGAAUGCUUGCUUGCAUGGAUGCUGGCAAUAUGUCAACCCCACUCGCAAUUCAUUUUAUUAUUGCAACAGCUAAAGCUUUGGGUCACAAUAUUGAAGAUCUGGUUAUUAAUUGUACAAGUUUGAGAAAACAGCGCAAGGAAUAUCGUCGGCGUCAUGGUACAGAAAUUAUUGAGAAUUUCAAGAUCCCUGAUACAUUUGUGUUACACUGGGACGGUAAACUACUUCCUGCAAUGACUGGAAAGGAAAAAGUAGAACGCCUAGCUAUUGUUUUAACGGCAGAUAAUAUAUGUAGAAAAAUUAAUUUCCAUCCCAAUUAUUGAAUGUGGAACUGGUAAAGCAAUCGCCCAGUCCAUAUAUAAUUACUUAGAAAAAAUGAAUAUGAUAAAUUCGGUGGAAAUGGUAUGCUUUGACACGACAGCUACAAACACUGGUAAACGUAACGGGGCUGGAAUGUUGCUGGAACAAAAAUUGAAACGUAGCUUGUUGUGGUUGCCAUGCAGGCAUCAUAUUGCAGAAAUCAUACUACGAGCUGUAUUUGAAAUAUAUUUUGGAAAAUCUUGUGGCCCGGAAGUUGCCAUAUUUGAACGUUUUUCGCGGGAAUGGAACACUUUCAAUUUAAAAGAUUUUUCAAUUGGUAUCAUGGAUGAAGAAGUGCGACGUGCUAUAAGUGCAGAGGAAUGUGAAGCCAAUAAAGAAUUUUGCAUCAAAAAUAUAGCAAAAGACCACAUUCGCCAUGAUUACAAAGAGCUAUUGCAACUCAUGUUUAUUUUCUUAGGUGGCAGCAUCCCGAACUUUUCCUUUCGUGCACCUGGCGCGACGUCACAUGCCAGGUUUAUGUCAAAAGCGAUAUAUGCCUUAAAAAUGUUUGCUUUGCAAAAACAAUUUAAAAUGUCUUCCAGCCAUUUGAAUGGAUUCCGCAAUGUGUGUAUUUUCCUGGUGCGUCUUUAUAUUCCGUAUUGGUUUCGAACUACUAAUGCAGUCGAAGCACCAAAUUUGGAUUUGCAGCUGAUAAAAAACAUUGCCGGUUAUUACGACCCAAAAAUAUCUCUAGCCUUAUUAGAUAAAAUGAAAAAACACUUAUGGUAUCUGUCCGAGGAAGCCGUUGGUCUCGCCUUUUUCGAUUCUAAUGUGGACUUAAAUGUGAAAAGAAAGAUGGUUGAAGCACUAGCAUUAGAAAAGGAGUUUGAAAGCAAUGACGAUAAUGGCGUUUAUCUUCGUAAAAAUGUAAAUGCCAGCAUUGAAGAAAUGAAAGCAUUCAUAAGUAAAGAUUUAAGUUGUUUUGUAACGCAAAGAACUAGAAAUAUCUUUUCACGAUUGGAAAUAGACGUAAAAUUUUUCAACUUAGAUCCCUCAAACUGGUGCGAAAAUGCAGAAUAUUUAAAAGGUGUUCAAAUUCUCAAAAACGUCACUGCUGUUAAUGAUUCUGCUGAGAGGAAAGUAAAACUAAUAACAGAUUUUAACCGGCCUUUAACUCAUAGCGAAGAAGAUAAACAAUACUUGCUUCAUAUUGUCGAGAACUACAGGCAAAAGUUCCCUUCAUAUACUAAAACUUCGCUUUUGUAAUAUUAUUGUGACAUAUAUUAAUGAUUGAAAUGCAAAUUGUGGAAAAAUUGCGUCAUUUUAUUUUUUCUUUAAUAAAUAAACAGAUAACAGUAAAAAAACCAAGUGUUUUUCUAUAUUUUGAACUUUGACCUCAUUAUGGCACAGGUUGGCACACUCUGAUUGAGUUAAAAAUUUACCACAUGAAUUAUUACAUCGAAUCGCAUAUUUGACCAAUCCCCGUACUCAAAAUUCCAAAAAAAAAAAAAAUAACGCCAGGUCUAAUGUACAUUUAAGUAUAAAUUAAUGUAUAAGAACAUGCAGAUCAAUGCGCGCACAUGUAAUACAUACAUAUAUUGAUAAGUGAUAAAAUCAUGAUUUGAAUUUCUGAAUGGGCACAUGCGUAUACAUACUUACAUUCAUAUGAGCAGAUAAUAAUAUUAUGAUAUGAGCGUGUGCAAGGACAUAAGAUUAAUAUGAUAGAAGAUAUAUAAGUACAUACAUAUAUACUUAUGUACAUUGUUUCGAUAAAAAUAUAAAUAUGUAUGUUGUUUAAAAACCAAGCAAAAUUAUUAUUUGCCGAUUUGUAUUAUAUGUAUUGAUAUGAUUAUUAUUUGCAAAUUUGUAUGAAUGCAUGCAAAGUAAUAUCUAUAUCAAUUUGGACUUCUGUUGAUUAUUAUUGCAUAAAAACCUUUGAAAAUAUAAGCCAAAAGACCAAAAAUUAAAGGAAUGAUCAAAUAAAUGUAUACAUGCAUUUUGGACUUCUUAACCAAAAUAUGCAAAAAAUUGUUAAAAAGGUAAGAAAGCCAUUCUUUGCCUCAACUUUUGCAUAUUCUCAAUUCCACAUUUGUGUAAAAAAAUGUAAUUCCUCCAAUUUUUCUUCCAAAAAAAAUAUCACUCAUACACACAGUUGUAUGACAUUUUUAUUUUUGCUUGACAUCUUCCAUUAUUCUCGUUUUGUACUCGUAGGCGUUUCGCUGUUUGUUAACAACCAGGGUUUUGCUUAUUUCUACUAAAUACGAGCGAUAAUUGUGAAUUCCUUACUUCAAUUCUAUCAGCUCUGUUGGCCGUCCAAUAGAACCAUCAUACAGAAUUGAACUUGCACCUUCUCUAUGUUUUAAGUUCUCUGAUCUAGCUAAACUAUAGCAAGAAGAGGAGAUAUAGAUAGUUUUUAAGAAGAGCAAUGAUAAGGACACGCGUCUCGUUUCAGGGAAAUAAUGGUCCAAUCAGUGCAUAAUAAUGGACAACUUCAGAAGGCAGGCCAUAACUGGACGGUAACAGUGAAAACGUUUUAGUCCUAUCAUAGUCAUUUACUCGGCAACUUAGGCAACCAUAUGAGUGAAUACACACAAGACAGUGGAGCAGAAAUAGAUAGACAUAGAUCCAUUCCAGUAUAUCGUCAUCUGAAAUGCAAAAUAACGUAAAUUAAGAAAGCACAACGCCUAUCAAUUUUUUGCUCAUAGUAGUACAUACAUUGUUCAAAAAACGGGUAGCACUCGCCAACAUGCCUCCUGACGCAAAUGUUUUAGUGCGCCCUCACUCUAGUUUUCUAUAAAAAACUAUAAUUGACUUUUUUGACAAGACAGCAGCGUACACAGUUAGAGAAGAGAGAAAUGACAAAUCAAAGACUUAGCACAGUAGUACCUAUAAUGUGACGGUUUUUUUUUUCAAUUAUUUCAAGACCCCACAUACGUAAGAGAUCAAUUGAAAAGUACCCGGUCUGUCACAAAGAUGACACGACUAGAAUUAAAUCCAAGAAUUUUAGUUAGCAGUUAAAAGCAAAAAAUUGGCUUGGUGACGAACUGAGCAUCGAAGACAGUAAUUUUCGAUGACCGUAAAGUGAAGUAGUUCGAGAUAGCAGGCAGUUUAAAGAUAUCAGUUGAAUGUGCACAUCAUAUCAUUCGAGAAAGCUCAGUGCAAAGAGGGUGCCGCGCGAGUUCCCUUUCGACCAAAAACAGCGACGAGUUAAUGAUACGGAGCAGAGUUUGAAUAUGUUCAAGCGUAAAAAACCGAGUUUUUGGGUCCAUACGAACGAUGCAUCCGCUACACAGCGCAAUAGUCGGCUGGCAAGGUUGUGGCAUUUGUAUUUUGGGAUGGGUAUGGAACAAUCUUUAAUUACUGCCUUAAAAAAGGAAGGACCAUCAACAGCGACUAUUACAUUUCGUUAUUGCAGUAACACAUUUGAAGAAAAAGAGAGUGUUAUUCGUCUAAUGAAGAGGUGAUCUCCGAAAGUAAGACCUACUUUAAAGUGAAUGAGUGUAUUACUUUAAAAAAAUACCAAAUUUGCCAAAAAUUUGUGCUUUACUACAGAAUGCCAAGACUUGCCGGUAAUGAUAGGAUUACCUUCCUUCGAAGUAAAUGCAGCGCUUAUAGAACAAGUUUUCAAUCAUUUUGAAACUGUGCUGUUAGAGGCUAUUUCUUACUAAUUUUACAUUGCACAUCACUCGCAAAAUUUUCCUUCAGAUUUAUUAAAUAGUGUAAUCAACAUGUUUUGGCAAAAUAACCAGUUCGAAAAUGAUAUGAAAAGUUCAUACAUACUCGUAUUUUUAACUGCGUUGAAAUGGAUGACGAGUUCUAUGUAAAAGGGGGUUUUAAACAAAUUCAAGGGCGUCAGUUUUACACAGUAAACAAAAAGAAAGAUUAAACAAGAACAGAAACGUCUUUUGCCUUUACCAAGCCAAUAGUGUUUCUUGUUCCCAAAAAAAUUAAUCAAGGGUCAUUAUUUAACCAAAACUAUUCAAGAUUCAAGAGGCCGUAAAAAAUGCAAGGCUGUUUAAAAAAAGUAAGAAAGGGCUUUUAUAAUCUUGCAAUUUGCGAGGAUCAAAGUCGGGAAAAUACCUUCAGAUUUUAUCAAAACCCUAGUUUAACAAGUAAGGAAGAUGUAAGUUCGUAUUUAAACCAAAAUUUUAAACUCUUGCAGGGUAAAGUUAUAUGCUGAAUUUAAGAACUCGGGUGACCCAUAAAAGCUGAAGCAAGCUUUUCUUGCAUUUGACACGGAUCCUCAUCGAAAAAGGCCUCUAGUUCACCAUCGAAAGUUUUUGGCCUUCCUUCACCCGUCGAUUUGUUUGACUGAAAGAACAAAAUCAACACUUCCGGCAAAUGACGAAUAUUUUCCGAAAAAUGGGUCAUAUUCGCAUGACCAAAAUUAUAUGACAAAUAAACAAAGUCACUAAUGUGACAACGCAGUUUUUGGCGUGAAACGUCUUUAAAAUCCCGCCGAAACAUACGGGUAGCAGGUUUAAAAAGUGGACCGUAACGAAGAGAGUUAUAUAAUCGUACCUUAAUAAUUAAAAAACUAUUUGACUUAGAAACAAAAAUGUGGUGUGAAUAUUUCGCUUAUAUAGUCAGAUCGCUGUUAUGACAUUGAGUUUGUGUCGGGUUCGUACGGGGCGGCGGAGGAGGCAUACUGCGUUAACUGUGCGAAACCGGCGCUCCCGCUUCUUUCUAUUCAGUGUAACUCGUGACUCCGACUAUAUAACGCGAUGAUUCUUUCGUGUGUUUGUCAAAUUUAUUUAAACUGAUUGAUUUAUAUGAGCUCGUGCAAGAGCCAGCCAGAAAUAUAAAUUACGGUUAUCGUUACAAAGAGGGGGCUAUGGGCCACGCAUAGGUAUCCCAAUGUCCGACGCCGAGCGAGCUAGACGGUUUCGGGAACAUCGCAAAGCUGCUGCUGUCGACCUCGCGAGUACCUCUACCACUGGAAUACCUAUACUUAUGGACGUAACGAAUGAACAGACGAUCGAUAUAUCUAUUGGAUCUGCCACGGAACUGAGAGAUGUCAAUAUCAGUAGGAGUGAAGCAAUGCAAAAACAGACUUAAAUAAAGUGAAAUAUCGCAACAUUUCUUUCCUUCAAACAAAAUUACCCGAUAAAAAUGUGACGGAAUUUCGCUUAUGCACCUGUAGCAAAUCGAUAGAUGCCAAUAAAAUCCCAACGCUGUCGCGCUCAAACGGUUUUCGUUAUCCUCCAAAGCCGAGCGGACUGCCGCUGCUUGACCCGAUCAGCAUUCCAUUGAUUUCACCGUGGUUACUAUUUAUGCAAAUUCGUCGAUUAUUCUACAAAGGUAACUUGGUAAUCAAUGUACCUGUCGAUGUAAACAACAUGGUGCAGCAAUUACCGAGGUGGAUAGACGACGAUUUUGCUUUUUAUGUCAACAUAAAAAAGAAACUUAUUCAUAAAUCGAAUUUGUUAUUUGAUAAACAAACCGCUGUACAAACAUUGUUCUUUUUUUAUUUAUUAUUUUACAUUGUACCUAGUAUAUAAAAAAUAAAUACUAACAACAAUUCUGGUCUAAAUAAUUAGGAGAGAUACUUAAAAGCUAAAUGUUAAGAAAUACAUUUGCUGCUACUGUUGUAUUACCAGGUCGGAAGGCUUCUUGCGUUUCAACCGGAUUUCUCGCCCAGCAGUUUCGAUGAGUCUGGAAGCUUCCUCAUUAACGUGCUGUCUAAGCCUCAGUUCGUGAGACUUUGCUAAUUUGGAGAUUUCAUUUACCACUGAAUUCACGCCUAGAUCACGGUGCAGGUCAGCAGAUCUAAUGUACCAAGGAGCAUUAACCAAAGUCCUUAGUACUUUACUUUGAAAGCGCUGAAUGCUGGCAAUACAGCUUUGACUUGAGCAACCCCAUAUUUGGGCUCCGUAGGCCCAAACUGGCUUUAGGACUUGAUUAUAUUAUAACACUUUGUUUUGUACUGAUAGCUUGGAUUUCCUGCCAAUUAGGUGGUAAAGUUUGCCAAAUUUCAUAUCAAGCUCGCUCCUUUUUUUUUUGAUAUGUUCUUUCCAGCGUAGCUUAGCACCUAAGGUGAUACCUAGGUACUUAGCACUGUUAUGGUGUGGUAUCGGAAUGGUAUUUAUAUAAAUUGGACAAUAUGCCGGCUUUUUCAAGUAAAGUCGACAUGAAUUGAUUUGGUGUCGUUUAAUUUGAUGCGCCACUUAGAUGCCCACUUAGUAAUUGCGUUGACUGCUGUCUGCACUCGUCGACUAGAUACUAAAGUUGACUCCUGCUAACAAAGCUGUGUCAUCCGCAAAUGUCGCUGUCAUAUAACUAGGAUCAGAUGGGAUCCUACAUUGUGACAUCAAGAUCGACUGGAGUGUGUUUGACAAAGAUAUAGAAGACUAUAUCGGGCUCGAAUUUCAGAUUGAGUCUGUCGACCCCAACUUUGUCCCAGAAUCUGAAAUCUUGCUGGCUCGACAACAAACUUUGCUAUGGAAUGAGGAACAAUGUUUGGAUAUUGCGCCGGGACAGAGCUCAUCUCCGAUAAUAAUAAGUAAUUUGUGUUUCUAUUAUGUACCUGUUCCUUUUUUAUUAAAAUACUUAAAACAGCGUCAAUCCUGUUUUCAUUUCAAUCUUUUACUUUAAAAGCGAUUCGCUAACAUAGACAUUUCACGAUAAAUCCAACGGCCGUGUGCCCCGGCACAGCCUACCCGAUUUUUUUUUUUUUCAAAUGACUAAGAUAAAUUUAUAACAUUUUUUUUUGAUAACUAAGUUUUCACAGUUCUAUAUCUUAAUAAUUUAUCUUUUUAUAUCUUUUUGUUCUGUGGGCAGUGAUACGACUACGACCGUCUACGAAUUCGUAACUUUGUUGUAGUAGGAAACCUGCAUACAAAGUUUUAUUACGAUAUAUUUACAUAUGAAGUUUUGCUCAAAUAACAGCUUGCACUAACAGAUUGACGUACAAAGAGUCACUCAGAAUUGAACUCGUCCCGUCAUCCUUAUCAUUUAUGUGAUUGAUUUCUAUUGGUUUUAGGUCAUUCGAACAACCUUGAGAAUAUUUAGCCAAAACGUAACCAAAGUUUUCAGUAAAGAUUCUGUGCAAGCGCUAAUGAAGGAUGUUUAGACAAAUUAUGAUUAUUCGCAGAUUCCAAAACUAACUAUGUUUUUUUAUUUCGUAUAAUGUAACUUAUAACUUGUUUAAUUAUUUUUGAAAUUAAGUAAUAAAUUCGAGUUUAAAACGGCAUUAGUUCGAACAAUUUUUUAUAUGUUCCUCAAGUUAACAAUGAAUAUGACAACUCACGCCCAGCGUACCCUAGUGCUAUGCGCACUUUCACUCCCAUACCUCAUUCACUUAUACCUAUGGUACAUACCUAAAGUUUCUACUAUUUACCAUAUGAUAGGUUUCUCUAAACAUUUCAAUGUAUUUCAUAGUCAUUAGCGCUCGAAUUCAACCAACCUUAUUUAUUCAUUUGU